AUGUCGACUCAAUCGCACACCCCGUUACCCCAGGCUGGGAAGCUUGUAAGCGUGGUGUCAGUUCUGGACAAGCCCCUGAACCUCAUGGAACUGCCAAUGCUAAUAGGUCUUGAAUAUUGCAGUCCCGUUGGCCUGAAAGAAGCCGCUCUCGACUCUCCGACCUUCCGCGCUACCACCCUCCACUUCUGCGACCAGAUCGACUUUAUCGAGAAAUGGCUAGACGGAUAUGCGAGAGCUGCAACCAAACUUUCCUCGGAGCUGCUGACUCUUGAAAGUGUCGUCAGUGGCUUCCUGUCCUACUCCACUCACCCCCUGGUUGUCUCCGAGGCUAUCGUGGACCAUGACUACGCAUUACUGGCGAUGAGGAGGAAUGGGGAGAGUUCGAAAGAUCUGUGGCAUGGCUUGGUGGCCACGAUCAAGAAAAUGGAGUCAAUGAUCGCCGAGCCGAUCCGAGUCUUCAUGCAGGAAGAUCUACGACAAUUCAAGGACAUUCGCCGCACAUUUGAACACGCACAAAAACAAUUCGACUAUGUACACGCGCGGUACGCCUCCCAGUCGAAGUCAAAGGAUACAUCUACACUGAGGGAAGAAGCGUUUCAGCUUCACGAGGCUCGCAAGGCGUAUCUGAAGGCCUCCAUGGACUUCUCUGUCCAGGGUCCCUCAAUUCGAAAUGCCCUAGAUCGCCUUCUUGUUCGAAUCUCUUUUGAUCAAUGGCGAGAGAUGCGGGGAUUCCACAAUAACAAUGCCGCAACCUUUUCCAAGUGGGCGCAUGAGAUGGACCGUAUCAAAGGGUGGAUCCACGAGAUGGAAGGAAGCGAUAGAUCCUCCAAACGGGAGCUUCUCUCCACAAGAAAGCAGAUUGAAGAAGCCGCGGAACUUGUUGCCCGGCCUUCCCGGGAGCUGGAGGAUUAUGCCAUUUCCACUGUGCCUUACCUUGGCUCUCGUCCCCUCUCAACUCUUAACAUGAGCAAGGAAGCUAGGCCAGAGAAACAGGGCUGGCUUGGCCUGCGGACCCUCUCUGGCAAACCCGCCCGCACGGUUUGGGUGAGGCGCUGGGCCUUUUUGAAACACGGUAUCUUUGGGUGUCUAGUCCAGGGUGCCCGUACUGGCGGCGUCGAAGAAAGUGAACGUAUCGGCGUGCUACUUUGCAGUGUUCGUCCUGCUUUCCAGGAAGAGCGACGUUUCUGCUUCCAAGUGAAGACUAAGAAUAGCAGCAUCAUCUUGCAAGCUGAAACCCAAAAGGAGCUAAUGGAUUGGAUUGGCGCUUUUGAGGCUGCUAAGCAAAAAGCCCUUGACAAUCCAAGCAGCACUGACCUGUCCGUAUCUGGAAAGAUGACCAUACAAGAUCCUGCAUUUGCGAUCUCACAGCCUCCUGCCCCCGAGUUUACUGCGGAUUCUAGUGAUUCUCUAACACCGCAUCCUAAUGACGAACAAAGUUCUACAGAUCGCAGUGCGACUCUGCCAGUUCCAGACCGAGAUGGGAUUGCGUUCAGGGCCAGUACUGAGGUGGGUGGUCGGCGACUCACGGGCCAUGAUGCCGAAGGCUCCACGAGAGCACACAUCAUCCAGAAAUUGGACCUUCAUCGCAAAGCGAACAUUGGACCACCAGCAUCACCCUCGAUUCCAGGCCCAGCGGGUGGUAUUGCUAGUCUUAUCUCGGCCAGUCACAACAUUCUGCCCUACAAUGGUGCCAAUUUUGUCAAUUCAAAAGACGGGAACGAGGCGAGAGGCCGCAGUAUGAGCACUCUAGAGGAGCCCGGGGCAAGCCUUGCCCCUCCCACUCUCGUGAAUCCACCUGCUCCAACAAGUAUGAGCAAGGCUGCAGUGGUUGUGAGCAGUGAAAGAGGUAUUGGUCUAGGACGUCUGGAUAAUACGGGUGGUAUGCCCAGCGGUAUGAUGGCAAACCUCUGGGGAAGUUCUCAUUGGGGUUUCAUCAACAAGCUUGAGCGGGAACAGCCUCGACAGGCCAAUGGAAAUCACGAUAGACCUUCGUCUCCGGCGAGCGAUUCCUCCACAACCCGAACAAUUGCCGCACAAACAGAUCUCCCCACAUUGCCACAAGAUACGCCGUCUGGUCCCCGCCACAGACAGACCGUCAGUCUUGAUGGAGAAGCUGCUACCAAGAUUCAACAAGCCGCACAGAGUGCAGUCAAGCAACAUGUCCAAAGCCAGUACCCUGCGGUGUACCCACAACAGCUCAGGAUUCAAGAUGCUCAAUUCCGGUUGCUUUUCCCUGAUGUCAAAAAAGAGGAAGCUCUAGUCCUGGUUUUCAGGGCCACCUGGAGUCCAAAUGAGCAGCAAGAAUUCCCUGGAAGAGCUUACGUUACAACAAGGAACGUCUAUUUCUACAGCCAUCACUUCGGACUUGUGUUGACCACAAGCGUCGGGCUGGAAAGCAUCAAAGAAGUCACAGCUGCUACUGGAAGAGAUUGCGAUUUCCUUUUCCUUCAUACCAUUCCCCCUCUUGGAAGCGACACGCCCGGCAGGAUCGCAGUUAAGACCUUCCUCGAGCCGCUGAGACUUCUUCAGAAGCGCUUGAACUUUUUGAUUCAAGCAUCUAUUGCGGUGGAGCAACUCAGCCUGGAAGAACUCUUGAAAGAGCUUAUUAAGAUGGACAGUGGAACUUCAAAGAGAACUUCGAGCGCAGAUAGCUGGGAGGAAAUCGAAUCUGAUGCUAAACAGGAACGCAAUCUCGCAUCCAUGGGUAAUGAUUUCCGUGUUCCCAUUUACAUCGACAAGGAUCUCGACCUAGACAGAGGUUUGAACGGACGUGGGCGUGAUAUUCCAAAAUUCAGACUCCCCACCCAGCCAGUGGAAUAUGUCCCCCAAGGAGAUAUUUCCCUGACGAUCGAAAAGACACUUGAUGUCAGCCCCAAAGCCCUUUUCCAUAUUCUCUUUGGAGACAAGAGUGCCGUAUGGCAGCUUUUACUUCACGAGAGACAGGCACGAGACAUCAAGCAAGGCCCCUGGACGAGCAACGAAUCACGACAUCUCAGAAGAGACUUUACAUACAAGAUUGCGACGACAGACAUUUUUGGAAACAUCCACGAUAAUACUAUUUCCGAUUACCAAAUCAUUGAUGUGCUCAAUGAUCAUUUGUGCUAUGUGAUUACAGAUAAGCGCACUCCAUGGCAUCUUCCUUUCCGACGAAACUUCCGGCUAGUCAGCAAAGUUGUCAUCACAUUUGCUGCCAAGUCUAAAAGCAAACUCGCAAUUUAUACCAAGGUAGAGUGGAUUAAAUCCCCCUAUGGUCUAAGAAACAUGAUCGACAAGAGGGCAGGUAACGACCUUGAAGAGGAUGCUUUGGAUUUGAUCGAUCUGGUGAGCGAUCAAGUCCGACGCCUGGGCGCACAUAGCCGCACCAAGAAGGCCAUUACUAUUUUUGGCCAUGUUGGACGUCAAACCAACGUAUCUCAUUUCAACGGCGUUGGAGCCGAUUUGAAAGUAGAGCCACGAAAACCACGAGUUCAGCGUACCUUGCCUCAACUUAUCACUGAGACAACAUUGUCUUUCAUGGAAAGUGCCAUAUCACUGUUUAUGAUGUGGUCUAUCGAUGCCGUUCGCUGGUCAUGGAAGACCGUCAGUGCACACAAAAUCAUUUUGGUUCUGUUGAUCACUAGCGCGCUGAUGAAUGGUUUCUAUUCUUCCCGAGAUACUUGGGAUUGGUGGCAUGAGCGACAUGCAAGAAAUUACAUGGCCAAGCUUGGAGUGCAGCCUGAUAUGGUCAUGAGCAAAGCCAUCUACAUCCGAGACAUCGAUGAGGCGGUCGGAAAUUCAACAAUGUGGGCUCAUACUGGGAAUGCAAGCAAUUGCUUUGGGGCAUUCCAUGAGAAUACACUUCGACAUGCGGAGCUUCCUCUAUCCCUCAGCACCUCGGGGCCUCGAGACGCAGUUGCCAAGAGCGCGACAAAGCGAUUCCAGCAGACUCGCGAACGGCUUGGAGCCUAUCGACACAAUCUCUUGGUGGGCCUGCGUGUAGUAAACAGCAUCGAGAAGGAAGUCAUUCAGACUGAAUGGGAGCGAUGGCUUGGAGAGGAACUUCGACGUUGUCGCCAGGUCGAGAUUCUCCUUCGCGGGGGGAGUGACGAGGGCGAGACAGAUGCGCAAGCCCAACGCAUAUUCGCCGAAAACACCGACAGUGUGAAGCAAUGGUACGAGAGGUACUGCACCAGCUGUCGACAGGAGCAAGAACAAGUUAAAAAGAACGAAAACUUGCUUCUCUGA